CCCAGUGGCACUUCGAAUUGAUACUUUUCGUUCAAUUAGAUCGCCAUUCUUCUUUUGGCUCGGUGCUGCUCUAGGUAGGAAAAGGCGCUGCGUUUCCUGAUCUGCAGUCAAGCCCCAGCCCACCCCAUCCGACGGCUUCGAGUGCCGCAAGCUCGCCCAUCAACGAAUUAUUUAUAGAAUCUCUCUAGAGCUUAUACAAUAGUCAAGGAGCGCAAUGUCUGCUCCACAAGGAGGAUUUCCGCCUCAGGGCUACCCUUCCCAAGACGUUUACGCCCAACCUGAAGCUCAGCAGUUCCAAUCAGGCUUUGAAGCACAAGGCGGCCUUGAUACUGCAUCGCCGGUCUCUGGCUAUGAUGGGCAGCCAGCAGCCCACGCAACAACAGGCGCAGGACGCAAGAAGCGGGCCUAUGCUGGCCAGGCGUUCGAAUUCGGUUCUGGUGCCAAUGCUGCCCUCGGCGGCCAGACAGCUGGAGCCGCUCCUGCGGGCUUCGCAGCUGCUCCCAUCACGCCUGCUGCCGGGUAUGGUGGAUAUCCCCAGACUGGCUACCAACAGCCUGGCUUCGCCGCCGUUGAUCCCGCACAGGUUGCUGCGGGUUCUCCGGCUGCAGGCCAGUUUGGCGGGGUAGGUGGCUAUCAGCCACCUGUCGCGGGCUAUCCUGCGCAAGAGGCGCCGGCAGCAGUGGGUGGAGUGGCUGGCAUCACACAGCAAUUUGGGCAGAUGGGCAUUGGCGCUCAGCCAGCGGCGGCUCAGCAAGUCCCGCAGCGGACUCAAGCCCUGAACCAGCUGUACCCUACAGACAUUAUGAGCCAACCGUUUCACGUAUCUGAACUAGAGCUUCCUCCGCCUCCAAUUGUUCUACCACCAAAUACCAGCGUCACCGCCUCUCCAACCGCAAACUGCUCUGCCAAAUACGUCAGGUCCACGCUCAAUGCUGUCCCAACAACUCACUCAUUGCUGAAGAAGACUCGGCUUCCCUUUGCCUUGGUCAUUCAACCUUACACCUCUCUCCAUGACGUGGAGGAUCCCGUACCGGUCGUACCCGAUCAAGUCAUUUCCCGCUGCCGACGCUGCCGAUCGUACAUCAACCCUUUUGUUUCCUUCCUCGACCACGGUCACCGUUGGCGGUGUAAUAUGUGCAAUCUUACCAACGAUGUCCCGCAAGCUUUCGACUGGGAUGCUGCCGCCCAGCGGAGCGUCGACCGGUGGACAAGACCAGAGCUCAACCACGCUGUUGUGGAAUUUGUGGCGCCGCAAGAGUAUAUGGUCCGGCCACCUCAACCACUUGUCUACCUGUUUUUGUUCGACGUGAGCUAUGCUUCGGUCACGAACGGUUUGCUUGCCACAAGCGCUCGUUGCAUUCUGGAGAGCCUGGAUAGAAUACCGAAUGCCGAUCGGAGAACGAGACUCGGAUUCAUGGCUGUAGAUUCAAGCCUUCAUUAUUUUAAGAUUCCACGAGAUGGUCAGGGCUCUGGAGACCCCACCAUGCUUGUUGUCAGUGACCUUGACGAGCCCUUCCUACCCACCCCUGAUGACCUGCUCGUCACCCUAAGCGAAUGCCGCGAGAACAUCGAAAACUUCCUUGGAAAGCUGCAGGAAAUGUUCCAGAAUACCCACAAUGCUGGUUCUUGUAUGGGCUCCGCCCUCCGAGCCGGUCACAAAUUGAUUGCUCCCGUCGGCGGGAAGAUUACUGUUCUCACGUCCACUUUGCCUAAUGUUGGCUAUGGAAAGCUCGAACUUCGUGAGGACAAGAAGCUUCUUGGAACAAGCAAGGAGAGUGGCCUCCUUCAGACCGGCAACAGCUUUUAUAAAAGUUUUGCGGUCGAGUGCUCGAAGAACCAGGUGUCGAUUGAUAUGUUCUUGUUCUCCUCUCAGUAUCAGGAUGUGGCGUCAUUGAGCAAUCUACCUAGGUAUACCGGAGGCCAGACAUACUUCUAUCCCGCAUGGAACGCUGGUCGAAGCGAGGAUGCAAUCAAAUUUGCUCGCGAAUUCAGCGACUACCUUUCCUCGGAGAUUGGGCUCGAGGCUGUGCUGCGCGUUCGUGCUACAACUGGAUUACGAAUGAAUACCUUCUACGGCAAUUUCUUCAACCGAAGCUCUGACCUUUGCGCGUUCCCUGCCUUCCCUAGGGAUCAGAGCUACGUCGUUGAGGUUGCUAUAGACGAGACGAUUGGGAAGCCGUUUGUCUGUCUCCAAACCGCCGUCCUACACACAACUUGCAAUGGCGAGCGAAGGAUCCGGGUUAUGACUCUUUCUCUGCCCACGACGAAUAGCGUCGCUGAUGUCUAUGCGUCGGCGGAUCAAGUGGCUAUCACGACAUACUUUAGUCACAAGGCAGUCGAGCGCACUCUCGGCAACAGCCUUGAGGCUGCUCGUGAUGCCUUGCAGGCCAAGGUGGUGGAAUUCUUCCAGACUUACAAAAAGGAAUUGGCUGGUGGGACUAUUGGAGGCGGUGGCCUGCAAUUUCCUGCUAAUCUGCGGGGACUUCCCAUCCUUUUCUUGGGUUUGAUCAAGCAUCUUGGUCUCCGGAAAUCCGCACAAAUCCCCAGCGAUCUUCGUUCGGCCGCCCUGUGUCUGCUCUCUACUCUUCCUCCGCCCUUAUUGAUACAGUACAUUUACCCUCGAUUGUACUCGUUGCAUGACAUGCCUGACAAUGCCGGUCUACCUGACGUUGCCACGGGUGAAAUUGUUAUGCCAGGACCCCAGAACUUGAACUCAGCAGCUCUGGUGUCAUAUGGACUGUACCUGAUCGAUGACGGCCAGACGCAGUUCAUCUGGAUUGGACGCGAUGCAGUGCCGCAGCUUGUUCAGGAUGUGUUUGGCUUGCCGGAUCGCACCCAACUCAAGCAAGGCAAGUCGUCAUUGCCCAUUUUGGAGAAUGACAUGAAUGAGCGGGUGCGAGCGGUGGUGGAGAAGAGUAAGGAUCACCGCGCCAAGGGUGUCGGCAGUAUCGUUGUACCACCCCUUUACAUUGUGCGCGAGGAUGGCGACCCGAGCCUUAAGCUCUGGGCGCAGACGCUCCUCAUUGAGGACCGUGCGGACCAGGGUGUGAGCCUAGCGCAGUUCAUUGGGAUAAUCCGGGAGAAGGUGAUGCAAUAAAAUAAACUCUUGCCGAACGAAACAUUGGCCUGCCCUCUAAAAGGGCUGGCACAUCUACACUGAAGAAGGAUCCGCAGCGAU